GAUAAAAGCUCAAAGCGGUCACCAAAACGACGUCGUCUCCCUCCCUCAGACGCCGCCCCAACCCCUCCUCAACCUCCAACGCUCUCCCUGCGCCCCCAACCCCUCCUCGAAUCCAUUGCUCAUCGCCUCAUCUCUUCCCUCGAGAUCGUUCCUUCCAUCCAAUUGCAGGUCAGUGGACUCGUCGUUUGAGCAGUCAGCCACGCAGUCCCCCCCCCCCCCCCUUCCUCUCCCCCAACUCUCUCUCUCUCUCUCUCUCUCUCUCUCUCUCUGUUCUUCGGGAGCAGAAAAGAGUCUGGUAGUGAAGUCGCAUCAGUGUGAGCGAAUAAUGGGCGGUGAGGUUCGUUACGAGAUUGCGCAGACCGCCUAUAUAAAGCUCGUUCUCCACGCUCGCAAGCACAAGACUUCCGCCGUCAACGCCGUCCUCCUCGGCCGCUCACUCUCCCCCGCCGCCGACUCCGCCACCGUCGAGAUAUCCGACGCCGUUCCUCUCUUCCAUUCCCAGAUCGGCGUCCUGCCUCCCCUCGAGAUCGCUCUCAUACUGAUAGAGGAGUAUUGCAGUCCUCGAGGAUUGAGCAUCGUGGGCUACUUCCACGCUAACGAGAGGUUCGAUGAUGUCGAACUCGGUAUUGUUGCCAAGAACAUUGGGGAUCACAUCCAUAGGUACUUUCCUCAGGCUGGUGUUCUUUUGUUAGACAACAAAAAGCUCGAAGCUUUACCAAAGGGGAAAGACCAAAGCCCUGUAAUGCAGCUUUACACAAGGGAUGCUUCCAAGAAUUGGAAGCUAGUAGGUUCAAAUGGAAGUAGUCGGUUAAUCAUCAAGGAACCAAUGGCAAAUACAGUUCUAUUGGAUUAUAUUGCAUCUGAGAAGUGGAGGGAGAUUGUUGAUUUCGAUGACCACCUUGACGAUGUCAGCAAGGACUGGCUGAACGUGGAACUCUUCAAAUGACAUGCUUGUGGCAGCAUGCAUAUUUUGCUAAAUGAGGGAUGGUUCUAUUUGCGAGUUCAGCUUCUUCUCUGGAUUUUUUAGAUUGAUCAUUGGUGAAUAGGGUUGAAAUGAACAAAUUAGAAUCGCCAUGAGACAAAAAUUUCUUGUUUGUCAGAAUUUUUUUUUCUAAUGUAUGAAAUGAAUAUUUUUUGUUUCCUAUCAAGUUCCAAUUUAUUUUUGUGGAAA